AUGACUCAGGACGAUAUUCCUACGUCUGACAUUGAUCCUGCGUUGUAUUUUACGCCUCAAACUCACCUCAGCGAUCAUUCUAAAGAAAUGGACACUGAAGAGACAUACGCCGUGGAUGACCUCUGCGCUUCUUCGAUACGCGCUUCUUCCUACAAGCUUCUCUUUGAUGGCACCUACUCCGACAUAUCGAUCAUCUGCCGCGGUCGAGAGUUCAAGGUUCAUCGUGCUAUUGCGUGCACGCAGUGCGAAUGGUUUGAGAAGGCAUUCACAACCCCGCCCAAGAAGCGCACCAUUAGGAGUGUGACUCUAGAUCAAGACCCCGAUGUAUUUCAGCAUUUUCUCGAGUUUCUCUACACUGGAACAUACACUGCUCAAAGGCCUACCGCAUUGGUUGAGGCUGAGAGAGCGAAGGAGAUUCAAGACAGGCUUGACUGUUAUCCGCGUUGCCCCAUCGAAAAAGACAUCGCAAAAGACAGUGUGCCAGACCGCCCUGUAAGACGAUCAAAUAGGUUAUUGUCAACUACACCCGUCACGGCACAGACAGAAACCGCGGCCAAGUCACCCGAAGGCUCACCGCAUGAAAUAAUCCUCGCCAUGAAUCUCUUCAUCGUGGCUCAGACAUACAACGUCCCCGCUCUUCAACUCCUCUGCCGAGAUCGCUUCUACACCGCUGCCAGAAACCGCUGGGUCAAUAAGACAUGGACCGACUGGGAGGCUACCAAGGAGUUUGAGGACGUUGUGCUAGACGUCUAUGGCUCUACAAAAGAGGUUAAUACUCCGUUGUGGAAGGCUUUGUGCAAGUUGAUUUGUAUGAAGAGGGAUGGUGAUAAGAUGAAGGAGAGGAUGAUGGCUGUCAAGGGGGAGCAAAUGUAUCUUGAUGAUGGUGUUGCAAGGUACAUGCUGGAGCCUAGAGUCAACGAGUCUAGAUGA